AUGACUGUUGCAGACAGCGUUAUCCAGCACGUUGACGAGCAGCAACUGGAGACUUGCCUCGCCAGCCGAGUCAACUAUCUCAAAGCCUUCCUCAAAUUCACUGAUGAAGAUGGAGCUGCCAUCCAAAGCGCAAAGGGGCUCAUUGCUCCUGCUCUCCCAGCGAUACUCGAUACCAUCUAUACGAACCUAAUUGGGUUCGACGUCACUGCCAAAUCCUUUGUGCCCCCUCAGCCAGAGCAAGAUAAAUCCACCGUUUCUGCAACCACAUCCAUUGCUGAUCUGUCCCUCACUCACCCUAAUAUCCUGCACCGCAAGGACUUCCUCAAGUCAUAUCUCGUCAAGCUCGUGAGCAACAGUGAUUGGUCUGACAACAGCAAGUUUUGGGAAUAUCUCGACAAGGUUGGUGUGAUGCACACCGGCAAACCCGGCUUCAAGCACCGUGAGAAGAGGCCCGAGUUGCGCGUGGAGGUGAUGCAUAUGUCAUUGCUGUUGGGAUUUGUGGAGGAUAUUGUGCUCCAGGCGACUAUGGGAGCUGGAGAGCUGGACAUUCAGACCAAGACCAACGUCAUCAGAGCCUUUAACAAGCUGAUUUGGAUCCAGAAUGAUUUGUUCCAGAAGCACUAUGUGUCGAAACUCGAAUAG